ACUUGGGAUUUUGCUCAUCAGAAUGAAACCAAUCUUGAAGGACUUUUCAAAUCUGUUAUUGGUCAUGCUCUGUGACUAUGUCUUUGGAGAAGCUGAAUAUAUCCUCUUGAGAGAACCUGGCCAUGUAGCGCUAAGUAACAACACAGUAUCCGUGGAUUUCCAGUAUUUUGAUGGUGCUAAUAGCACACUGAGGAAUGUGUCUGUCCUGCUGUUGGAGGCCAACACCAACCAGACUCUAACAACCAAGUACCUCCUAACCAACCAGUCUCAGGGAACACUCGAAUUUGAAUGCUUCUACUUUAAGGAAGCUGGUGACUACUGGUUCAUGAUGACUCCAGAAUCAUCAGCCAACAGCACUCCAGUGCCCUGGUGGGAGAAAAGUGCCUUUCUAAAGGCAGAAUGGCCUGUCUUUCAUAUAGAGGUGAAUAGGACAUCCAAAUCAGCAGAAGGCACCUUCCAAGUGGGUCUAUUUACCAAUCAACCUCUGUGCUCAUUUCCUGUGGACAAGCCUGAUAUAUUAGUGGAUGUCAUCUUUACCAACAGUCUUCCUCAGGCAAGAACCAAUCCUGGACAGCCGUUGGAGAUCAGAACCAGCAAGAGGACAGAGCUUACUCAAGGACAGUGGAUAGAGUUUGGCUGUGCACCUGUGGGACCAGAAGCCUAUGUUACAGUGAUGUUGAGGCUGUUCGGCCGAGACUCAGUCAUUGCCUCCAUAGGACCCAUUGACUUGGCCCAGAAAUUUGGAUACAAACUUGUAAUGGUGCCAGAACUCACAUGUGGGUCCCAGGUAGAGGUGAUGGUAGUGCCCCCACCAUGCAUCUUCGCCCAAGGAGUGGUUACCGUUUUCAAAGAAGCCCCCCAGCGCCCUGGGGAGAGGACAAUUCAGCUGGCAGAAAACAGCCUGCCCCUGGGAGAGAGGAGAACAGUGUUCAACUGCACUUUGUUUGACAUGGGGAAGAAUAAAUACUGCUUUCAUUUUGGUGUUUCAAGGAGAAGCCGUUUUUCUGCCAAAGAGAAGGAGUGCAUGCUAAUUCAGAGAAACAUAGAAACGUGGGGAAUGUGGCAGCCAUGGAGUCAGUGUAGCGCCACAUGUGGAGAUGGUGUUCGAGAGCGUCGGCGCGUGUGUCUCACUUCCUUCCCCUCCUCCAGACCAGGCUGCCCUGGAAAGUCCUCGGAGAUCUCCCCAUGCUCUCUGGAGGAGUGUGCUGCUCUCCGGCCAUCCAAUCCAUCUUCUCUUCCGCCCAAGGAUCCAGUGAAGUCCAACAACAUAGUGACUGUGACUGGGAUUUCUCUGUGUUUGUUCAUCAUCAUUGCCACAGUGCUCAUCACACUUUGGAGGAGGUUCGGCCGGCCCCCCAAAUGCAGCACCCCUGCUCGACACAACUCUAUCCAUUCCCCUGGCUUCCGGAAGAACUCGGAUGAAGAGAACAUCUGCGAGCUGAGUGAGCAGCGGGGGAGCUUCUCAGAUGGGGGCGAUGGGCCUGGGGGUAGCCCAGGAGACCUGGGCAUCCCUCUGACCUACAGGCGCAGUGGACAGGGGUCUCCUGAGGAUGAUGCUUCUGGCAGCGAGAGCUUUCAGUCCAAUGCCCAGAAGAUCAUCCCCCCUCUCUUUAGCUAUCGCCUUGCCCAGCAGCAGUUGAAGGAGAUGAAGAAGAAAGGUCUGACAGAAACCACCAAAGUAUAUCACGUGUCUCAGAGUCCCCUCACAGACACUGCCAUUGAUGCUGCCACCAGCCCCCCGCUAGACUUAGAAAGCCCAGAAGAAGCAGCCAACAAGUUCAGGAUCAAAUCUCCAUUUCUGGAUCAGCCUGGGGUGAGUGCUGGGGAAAGACCUCCCUCCAGGCUGGAUUUCAGUGUGUCCCCGGCCAGCUGUGCCAUUAGCCCCAGCCAGACCUUGAUCCGCAAGUCCCAGAUGAGGCACACUGGUGGCAGAGGGGGCUCCUCGGAAAGGAGCCACCCUAGGAAUUCCCACUUCCGGAGGACAGCUAGUUUUCAUGAAACCAAGCAGGCACGACCAUUCCGGGAGAGGAGUAUGUCCACUUUGACUCCACGACAGGUCCCUGGCUACAACUCCAGGACAAGAACCUGGGACCAGGCAGACGACAGGGGUAGGUCUUCAGGUCGAGGCACCCAUCUGCUUUCUGAGAAAGGGGAGCAUUUCCAAGGGGCAGGUGGGACCAGUGGUCUCCUAAACCCAAUCUCUAAAUCCUACACUGUGGGGCAGCCCAUGAGGAAACCAGAUUCUGGGGAUCGCCAGGCAGGAUUAGUGACAGGAAUUGAGAGAACAGAUCCUCACAGAGCUCGAAGGGGACCAUCCCCCAGUCACAGGAGUGUUUCAAGGAAGCAGUCAUCCCCAUCUUCCCCGCAAGACAUCUACCAGAGGGUCAGUCCACUGAGCCCUUCUCAAUUCAGGAAAGACAAAUGUCAAAGUUUCCCAGCCCAACCAGAGUUUGCCUUCUAUGACAAUACAUCAUUUGGCCUCACAGAGGCUGAGCAGAGGAUGCUGGACCUCCCAGGGUAUUUUGGCUCGAAUGAAGAGGAUGAAACCACGAGCACACUUAGUGUGGAGAAGCUUGUCAUCUAGCUCAAGAAUCUUCCUGGGUCUUUCCACACCUUUACCCACAUGAAGACAUUGACUACUCCCAUUGUCCUAUGACCAGUUUCAUAGAACUGCUCAGUAUGUUAGGGAGGAAGUACCAUGCACAUACUUUGAUUCAUUAGGAAGAAUUUAUUUAUCCUGAGCAUCUCCUUUUGUUAUCUUGGCUUAAUACUAUUUGCUACAAUAAAAUCUAAGCAAAAGCAGAUAAGGCUUGGCCUGUCUUGUGGCUGGGAAAGAUGAUAAGACAUAACCUGUGAGGGUGAUGCAUGUUGAACACCACACUGGCAGUCUCUAACUUGAAGUAGAAAUAUAGAAACCCCAAAUAAUAAAUAAUCAGGACUGGAGUAAAGAUAACUUGGUA